AGCUCUAUAGAUAAAUGAUAUCGUGUGUAACCAGUACAUUGGGUGAGCAUUUCCAAACCCCAUACUCCCAUACGCUGGCUCACGCGGUGUCUUCACUUGUUGCCCUAGCAACCCACGUGAUGCUGCACGUGGUCAUGUGACCCGAUACUAGCUGCUGAUUGGUGGACUGAACGAAAUGGAGAGAGCUGAUUGGUAUGAUUGCUGAAAGUGACACCACAGAUUACCCAUGCGAAGUGUUACCAAAGGAGCGGAGGAUGAGAUUGUUAUCUCCGGGAUGUCCGGACGGUUCCCGGAGUCGGAGUCCCUGGAUGAACUCUGGAAGAACCUCAUGUCUAGGGAGGACAUGAUAAAAGUUGACGACAGACGCUGGCCAGUGGGUGUAUUUGAAGUGGACACAUUUGGAAAACUGAAGGACAUCAGCAGGUUUGAUGCCCCAUUCUUCAACUUCACCGCAGAUCAAGCUAACCAGUGUGCUCCGGAUGUCAGGGUGAUGCUUGAAGUGGCUUGGGAGACCAUUGUGGAUGCUGGGUGUGAUCCUAAGAGUUUAGAGAAUACUCCUACUGGGGUUUAUAUCGGUAAUUGCAUAGUUGAAGCGGGAGAAGCGCUUACAAACAAUGUUAACACCAUCACAGCUACUGGACUACUCAACAGCAUGCAUACCUCCCUCCCCAACAAGGUUUCAGAGUAUUUUAAGUUCACAGGACCAAGUGAAACACACGACACGGGUUGUUCUGCGUCUCUCUAUUCGCUGGAUACGGCUGUAAUGGCGAUGAAAAGGGGCGACAUAUCAGCAGCACUCAUCGGAGGCUGUAACCUCAACCUCAAACCUCAGGCGACUGUAGCCCUGCACCGCAUGAACAUGGUCUCAGGAGGGAGGGGAUGCCGUGUUUAUGAUAAGUCUGCUGAUGGGUACAGUAGAGCAGAGUGUAUCUCUCUCGUUCUUCUUCAGUGGCGAAGUCAAGCAAAACGUAUUUAUGGCCGGAUAGUAAACAGUGUAACGAAUAACGAUGGGUUCAAGGAGGAAGGGAUUAUAUUUCCCGAUUCGAGGAGUCAGAUCUCACUACUAAGAGAAGCGUACAAGGGGACGUGUGUAGCGGAAGAGGAUGUGGUGUAUGUAGAGGCUCACGGGACAGGGACUCAGGCUGGGGACACCCAGGAGUGCCUUGCUGUGGACAAUUUCUUCUGCAGUAAACGGAACAAGGAUAAGCCCCUUCUGAUUGGAUCCAUCAAGUCUAACCUGGGGCACGCUGAGCCCGCCUCCGGUGUAGCAAGUCUCUGCAAAGUCCUGAUGUCCUAUACUAAAGGUGUCAUACCACCAAACAUCCAUCUAAACGAGAUCAACCCAAAGUUGGAGGCUGUAAUCCAGGGCCGACUUAAGAUUGUGACAGAGCCCACACCGCUGGAAGGUAACGGGCUGGUCUCUCUGAACGCCUUUGGAUUCGGGGGUUCCAACGCUCACGUGAUCCUACUGCCCAAUGAAAAUGAGGAGAAGAGCCGAGAAGUGGACGUUUUCUUCGUAAAUGGCAGAACACCCACCGCUGUGUCAAAUAUGCUGGAUCUCGCAACUCGGGAACCCAAGAAAGGUUUACAAGAUCUGUACCGAGGGUUGAGUACGAUAUCUCCGGACUUGUACCCCAGCAGAGGGUUCCUGUUACUUGACUCUGAGGGUGUCCCUCAGAAAAGGGCUGUCCCUCAGGAGCCUUCGCCCAACAGACGACAGGUUUGGCUGCUGCUAGGCGGACUUGGUUCUCAGUGGGUAGGCAUGGGACGAGGGCUCAUGGAGUUCCAGCCUUUCAGACUGAGCGUGGAAACUUGUCAGAAUGUUCUAAACGACUUAGGAGCUGACGUGGACAUUGUUCACAUUCUUUGUAGCGAGGACUCGGACGUAUGCGAGGACGUUGUCUCGAUGUUCGUCGGUCUUACCGCCCUUGUAAUAGGUCUGAUUGAGGUCCUAAAGACGGCCGGUUUGAAGUUGGACGGGGUUAUUGGUCACAGUCUUGGGGACACACUUUGUGGCAUGGCCCUUGGACUCCACUCGGCAAGUGACAUAAUCAAGUCAGCGUACGCGCGGAGCAUCCUGAUUAAACAGCGUGCAGAUCUGCGCGGCUCGAUGUACGGUGUGGCGUGUCCUGCCAGCAACAUCAAACCAGAGGAGGGAGUGAGCGUGGCGUGUUACAAUUCUCCCAGUCAUGUGACUCUAGCGGUGAACAGUGAGGCGGGACUCCGCUACUUAGACACUCUUCAAAAGCAAGGUUAUGGAGCCAAACAGAUCAGUUCAGGAGGGUUUGCAUUCCACAGUCCCUCCUUCCGCUCGGUACUCAGUGAAGUAACCGGACUGAUGGGAUAUAUGGAAUGUGUGGCACGACCUGACAACUGGAUAAGCACCAGCUACUCAGCUGGGGAACAGCCCACCUCACUGGGUCCUUCCUUCUUUGCUGACAACUUGGUGAACCCUGUCUACUUUGAGGAGAAUGUUAGGAGGAUCCCUGAGGAGUCUAUUGUCGUAGAGCUGUCGGGGAACUCAUCCCUUCUGGGACUACUCGAUAGUGGUCAUGAGAAGAUAGGGCUAGUCCGAUAUAACACAGACUACCGCGCGUCACUACUAGCAGGUGUAGGUGAGUUGUACGUGUUAGGAGCACUAAACACUCCUUACUCCCUCCUCCCUCCUCCUUCCUACCCCACCCCACGUGACACACCCUCCCUCUCCUCCACUGUUGCUACUGGCUGGAACCACCAACUCCAAUGGUGGGUUCCUACUCUGGAUGAGUUCCUGAUAAGCAGUAACGAUGCUAAACUUAACAAAUUUGUUUCCACUUACGAGUUUGGCGACACUUCAAACUCUUUGAUAGGAAAGUUUGUGAAUAGUUACUCGAUAUUGGGUCGCAACAUAAUCCCCUUCUCCGUGGGCGUGUACGUGGCGUGGCAGUCAUUUGCACGUGCUAAUGACGUCUCUCAAGAUAACCUCUGCGUUCAGCUCACCAACGUCUGCAUGCAUCAACAGAUCGACCUAUCGCUCUUCCCAAGUCCAAUAAAACUCUGCGUUGGAGUUCUGCCAAAAACUGGACAAUUCCACAUCACGACCAGCAACGUGUUGUUCAUGUCGGGCAGCAUCGAGACUCACGACCCUCUACAAGAAUGUGGCCAGGAGUUUGAUCCGGAGUCCGGAAGUCUGGCAGACGGAAGGAAAGUUCUGGAGUUUUACCAACUGUUAUCACAAUCAAAUGGAGUCAUUAAGAGGUGUGAUUUAGAGAACCUGACGUGUGAGGUAGCUACUGAGAAGUGUGAUAAUGGGUCCAGUUCUGUUGAUGGUAACCUCAUGCUUCUUGAUUCCCAUUUCCAACUGAUCCAGUUAGAGAGAAUGCAGACGUCUCCCUUCUCUACCCUCACUGGAGCCAGCUCCAUUAUCCUAGACGGCAGGGGUUUCUGUGAAACCAACUCCAUCAGUAAACCUUACCCAGGCUCCUGUCGCUCUGACGCUGUCUGGGUUGAUGGCACUUGGUUUGAUGUGCUGGAACCUGCUCUCCAGGGAGUAGGAGUAAGCAAGGAUAAUGGUGAGAGUUGUGAACCAGAUGAAGAGGUUAUGUCUGAGAUGGUAGAAAGGAAGAAAGUGCCCGUCCUGCUGAAAAGCUUGCUUUCAAAGGAGCGGACUCGAUGCUUUACAGUAACCUAUUGGGCAGCUCAGUGUGGCUACACAGCAAGCACCUCACUGUAACCCGCAUAUACCCUGCUCUGGAUGGUGCACUGCACGUGUGCUACGCUACCUGCUGUUUGGGUGACACAGACCGUUGCCAUGAAGACGUACACGCGCGGCACUUGGCCGUGGGAAUUCUGUCCAAGUCGGAAGUUUUGGAUUCUACCAACGUGGAUCUCUCACAGCAGUUUUUUACUGUGGCCAGUGAGGAGUACGGCUUCUCUCCCGAAGUGUGGGCCUCGCUAGCUGUGUCCCUGUGUCUACACAAAGUAAUGGAGCUCAAUAAACCAACAAGCGUGGUGAUUAUUGGAGACGGGCAAAUUCUCUCCUCCGCAUGCAGACACAUUCUCGGAAAAAGGUUCCAGGGGAUUCAUCAGAGUUUCACAAACGUGAACCAGACUCCACCUGGCCACGCUCUCGAUCAGAUACACUCUGGUGACUGUGUUGUAAACUUGUCAACAGAUAGAAAUCUGCUGGACGUACUGGCAGCCACAAACCGUUGCGGCAGUGCUAUCAACUUUAUCAGACACCACUUUCAGGGUAUCUCUGGCAUGUCGUCCCUGCUAAAGAACUUGUCAGUAGUCAACUUUCAAGCUGCUUUCGUCAAACUCUCAUCAUAUUGGACGCUUAUAAAACCAGAGUUACAAAACGCCGCUAAAGAUUUUACCUGUAAUACUGUUUUAGAUCCGUCUGCUGUUUCUUUUACCUCUCCUUGCAGCUUCCCAGGUGGAAAAACUAUUGAGGUGACGGUUCACACAAAAUGCCCCCUCAUUGAGAGGCUUAUUUGUGAUUUUUUCCAACACCGGACAAGAUUUCGUGUUGUAUUCUGCAAACCAGUCUGUAAACACGACAAUGGAGACGCUAAGCUAUCGAAUAACAUAAUUCUAUUCGUAAGAAUCGAUGACAUGGUUUGGAAUUGCGAGACAACCGCCGCGGUACCAGUCAAGACAUCAUAUUCAAAGAUUUUCUCACCACUAACUGUACGCUCGUGGCUCUUUGGAUCUAUUUUGGGAUCCGAAAUGGAAAAUGAUAAUCGUGUUUUUGUGCUAGGACUAAUAUCAAGUGGUAAUCAGUAAUUGAUCUUUGAAACCUACUGUUACUGAUUACUAUGCUAUACUAUAUAUACUAUGGCACCCGUAUUUAAUUGCCGAUAAGAGCUAAAACUUUACAGGGAAUGGGGAUGUAACCUUAAGUUUAAAGCCUAAGAUAGAUUAUGAUUAAAUCAGACUUCUCAAUUUACUUUUAGUUUUAUGUGCUUCUGUAAUCUGUAAGUGUAUGUUUGAUGUUGUAUUUGGCAAAUAUAAUACCAAGAUAAGUGAACAUUUUUUAUCUAAAGUCGUAAGGAGGGCUAAAGUAACUAUGAGGAUAAGGGUUCACUUUUUUGGUAACUUCAUCAUUCAUGUUUAAAUAAUUUUUUGGCACGUUUGUUUUUAAAUGUGACGUUUUGGAUUGUUUGAUGGUGAGUGAAAGCAGUUUUUAAUGGCCUUUGGUCAACUCCCCGAUCAAUUAUUAAAUGAUUUCUUCA